UGAUUAGCUGAUUGGGCUGUCAUCUGCAAGUGGGAAUACAUAAUCUCGCCUCAUCAAACGCUUCUUCUUCUUUCUCCUCGCUUCUCUCUUCUCUUUUCUCUCUCUUUUUCCUUUUUUCUUUAAUUUAUUUUGUAGUAACACUUGAAAACGAACCACCCAGGAAGAAACAAAUUACGAUGGACAACUUAAGCAGAAGAACAAGAACAGGAACGAGAAGAACGAACCCAUCAAAAUGUCUCAAGCCCAUCCUACUCAACAUCAUCAUCAUCAGCCUACUCAGUCGACCGACCCACUCCCAAACCAUCUCAACCAACAUGCCACUGCCGCCGAUGGAAUGGAUCAAGCUGACCCCGAGCGGCACCACCUCGCCACCCGCGCUAAGCCACGGCUGUCUGAUGGGCCCGACAUACACCGACUCGACCAGCAGUCUGCCCGGGUUCAACCAAGCCUUCCUCUUCGGCGGUCGCUCAGCCGCCGGCACCUCCUCCAACGGCCUCUACAUCCUCGACUACUCCUCUGAUCAACCCGUCUGGUCCCAGCCUGCUCCCACCGUCUCAACCCUCUUCACCUCCUCCCCCCAGUCUCGCUCCCAUCUCCUCUGCGGCUGGGAUAGCGCUAGUAACUUCAGAAAUCAACUCAACAUCUAUGGCGGCAGAUCUGAGGACGGGCAACCCCUUGCUGAUUUCUGGUACUACGAUCCAACCAACCGAUUCUGGGCGCAACCCAAAGACUUCCAGCCGGCCGACCAUCCCGCCAGUUACGGCUCCAUCGGCGGCAUAGACCCGAGUUAUUUACCCGCACCGCCCGGCACAUCCAACUCGAUCAUCUAUCUCGGCGGCUCUAAUUCAACCCACACAAGCACUUCUCUUACCCCCGCCGCACUCUCUAUCGAUGGCCAACUCGGCAGUAAUACUAAUACCGUUAACGUUAAUCUUUCGUCUCUGGCUUCCGGCCUCUCCGGUAAUCCUUCCUCUAACAAUCUCCUUAAUGGUCGCUGGGGCGCAACCGGUACCAUCAUGCCUGGUUCGAAACUCGUUGUAUUUUCAGGUUGUAAUGGUGAUCCAGGGAACGAAUUUAAGGAUCCAGUUGACCCAAGUUGCUCGUUAACCAACGGAGGAAUUCUAUCAUUCGAGUCAGGCUUUACAGCCUCCCAAAUGUCCACACGAACCAGCCCACCCCGAAGUUCGUGGGCGGGAUUCAAUUACUGUCCGGCCCCACGCGUAGGAGGGACGAUGGUCGCGAACCGGAACCGGUUUGACAGCUCGUAUGCGAACCAGGUGAUCAUGAUUGGGGGUCGGACGGACAGCAAGAAUUGGGAUGACCAGGGAGGGGCCAAGGCGGGCGAGGUAGACGUGCUGGAUAUUUCCUCGGGUGUGUGGGCCCGAGUGCUGCCGAUGCGUCGAGAUAACGUGACAUUCAGUCAGAAAGAGGGUCUCCUGGCACUCGCCCUACCUUCCCGGAUCGGCGCUUCCUCCGCCUCGACCAAUUCCAGUCCAACCGAUAUCCUCGUCUACGGUGGCAUCGAUACCGUCUCCGGGCAAGCCUCCAACGAACUCUGGAUCCUCCGGCUUCACCCCGCCAAACUUACCGGCAAUGGGACUGCCGACGGGAUCUCGAUGACAUACAUGCCCAGCUGUGCCACUCCGACGCCUCAGAACAAGCGCAAUACGACCAAGACAGCUCCCGGGGGCGGCCCAGUGCCCGUCGGCGAUGACUCUACUAAUACUCUUGAAGCCCCCUCCGGCCAUCUUCUCUUCUCUGGCUUGGCUUUGGCCAUCUUGAUGCUUUCGCUCACUAUCCUCCGUUGCGAGGAGCCCGGAAAACUGUCGAUCAGGUCUCGAUGGCGGACCAGUCGUCUAUGGCUGCUCAUCGGUGCCUGGCACGCCCUUGUCACAAGCUGCGCUUUACUCGCCCUCGCCAUCGUUAUCGGGCUCUUCCAGACACGCGUCCCCACACCCGCGCUCUCUCUCGCCCGGAGGGGUCUGUUCGACGGACACACCAAUUACAACAAGCUACCUCCUCAAGACACUCUCAGCCAGAGUACUCAUGCCCGACUGGGACUCGCGAUCGCCAUCGUCGGUUUCGUUCUCGUACCUGGGCUUUACCUCCUCAGCUGGCUCGACGAAUCGCUCGAGUCCCGCCGGAAGAAGCACCAACAAUCGACGGCCGACGGCGGUCCCCGGAAGUUGAAGGCCAAGGGCGCUCAAAGGAGCGGAGUGACCCGACGGGCGCUGGAGCGGAUGUUUUUCCUAACCCGACAAUCCUUUGCUGGCUCUUCUUCCCCAAAGCAGCAGGAACAUCCUCGUCCGUCCAAGGAGGGCUCGCUAGGACGGAAGGUUGAGAGCGAGAAGCAUGGCGAGCUCGUCGAGCGACGGGUCUCGGUGCCCUCGAGCAUCGACCCUUCACCCAAGCGUCCGCCACUCGCGGUCUCCGGCAGCCAAGAGUGCCUGGACUCUAGCUCGACUUCCAACACGAGCACCCAGCUUCUCUCGCAGACGGUUAGUCCACCGCCCGCCCAGAAGGAGAGCCUUACCUCCCCACCCGUGGUGGCUCGGAAACCGUCGCCCUCGAAGCUCAAGCUAGACCUGAAGAAGGCCGAGCGCCCGGUCGUCCGCUCUCCCUUUGCCAAGGUCUUCCACCACCUCCCCGGCGGCCUUUUCAGCAGCUCGUCGAAUCACGACGGUCAGGCCUCUCCCGCAGGCUCUGUCCCUUCGGCCUCGCCCAGCCCGGGCUUCGAGGUCCUCAACCGUCGGCCGCCCCGUCGUCCUAGGCCUCGAGUCUCGUUGGACAUCAUGAGCGAUGCGGAGUCGACGAGCGGGCUGAGUGGCGAACAGGGUCGGCCGUCGGGCACGGCUUGUGAUGAGCGAGCAAUCAUCGACGAACGGGCGUUCGGAUCGGCGGAAGAAUACGAGGAAGAACUGGUGGAAGAAGACGAAGAAGAAGAAGAAGAAGAAGAUUCGGUGUACAAACGACGGACUAAAGCCCGCCGGAAACUCCGCAGACUCGCAGACGUCAUCCUUCACACCGUCGUCCUCGUCGCCAACAUCUUCUUCAUCUCGUCCUGCUUGAUCUCUCCCAACCAGCUCCGCUGGCUCGCCGCGCUCUUCAUCGUCUUCAUCAUCUUCGUCUAUUCAACCAUCCUCUGGCUCGCUUGGAAUGGGAAACCCUCCUCUGAAUCUACCCUCGUUAUCUUCCUCUCGAUCAUUAAAGACGGAUCUAAAAACUUGAUGGCUCAUGAAACUCUGGCUGGAUUAGGACAAUUCUCGAGUUUCCAACAACAGCAACAAGUGGCCCAACAGAUUCUCUCGCAACAACAACAACCGCUUUCGGGCAUGGGAAGCAGUUCGGUUCUAGGAGGAGUCGGAGUCGGAGGAGUCGGAGGGGGGAUGGGAGUAGGAAAGCGGAGCACGAUCGGGAGUCGGUUGCAAGGAUUUUCGAUCUACGGAGGGUCUCAGACUGGGGGGGUCGGAGGCGGGAGUGUCGGCCAGGGCGGGGGCGGGUUUUUCGCAGGCUAUCCGCCGGCCAUCCAUCCGGCCCACGAGCCGCCCCGAACCUCCUCCGAGCCCGACCGCGCCGAGCCCCUCUACGACUCCCAUCGGCUCUGGGCCCAGGACGAGGACGACUUCUUCAGGCCGCAGAACGAGCUCCUCUCCGGCACUCUCUCCGCGGGCCUCAGACCCGACGAACCCAGAGACUCCUAUCUCCUAGACCGCGAGGUCCAGAUCGUCACUACCGCUCCCAAACGCGUCUUGGCUGUCGUUAAUCGUUGAUCUUUUUCUCUCUCUCUCUCUACCUCUAUCUCUCUCUGCGAUACCUUUCUCUUCUCCUCUUUCUUCCUAUGAGAAUUUACCUGCACUCGGAACCCCCAUCAUCAUCGCCUCACAUAUCCCCCCAAUUCUUGCUGGUUUAGAUCCCCCUCCUCCUCCUCCUUUCUCUUUCUCUUUCGUCCAGACACAUAUACAUUCAAAAGUCCCCGGCCUCUGGUUUACUUAUCAUCCUCUUUGGCUGUCUUGCUUGUUUAUUUACUUCCCUUCCCUUUUUCUUCUUUUUUGUUUGACCCGUGGUUGGGAUCUCCAUCUCCAUUAUUGUUGUCGUUUUUUUUGUGCGUGUGUUUAUGCGGGGGGGGGGGCUUAAUACUCGGAUCUUCUUGUGUGUGUGUGUGUUUUUUGGGCGCUUUAUGGUUGGUCUAUGGCUUCCUCAUUAUAUCUAUUUAUCUUUCUCUUCUCUUCUGUUUUUUUAUAUCUUUUCCUGCUUCUUCUUCUUCUUUGGUCUCCUCUUCCUUACUUAUAUAUACCCCCCCGCCCUAAAAACAGAAGAAAACCUGCUCUACCUCUCUGUUUUGUUCUCUUAUUCUCAAGAUUUCUCGUCCCAUGAUUCCAAUUCUUUAUAGUUUAUCUAUCUCACAUGGUUUAUUAUUGUUAUUGUUUGGUUAGUUGGUUAGUUAAAUUGAGUAGUUGGUUCCAGGAUAAUCUGGGUUCCAGGACCUGAUCCACAGCUCAUCGAACCCUGCGAUUUCUUGUUGGAUCUUCUCCACCCACCCCAUCUCUCUUCACUUUCCUGGCAGCCAGAUAUCCCCCACACCUGCGCAUGAUCAUCCACUCCAAAACAAUCCAUAUAACAU